AUGAAGGCACACUUUGCCCUUUGGCUUUCUGUUUUCCCACUGGCUCUCUCUGCGCCGGUCCUGGUCUCAGGUGGUGAUGGCUUUAGGGGCACUCAACAAGUUACCGCAGAUUCUCAGCCUUGCACUACAGUCUUCUCGUUUAUCACCAGCAGCAGGGCGCGCCACAUGCUCAAGGACUGUGACAGUGUGCUGCUGGAGAAAUACGCGUAUCUCGUUGACCGAUGGACGUCCUCACUGUCGUUUUCACUCUCGGCUAAAGGGCGGGAGAAGCCGCUGCGCGAGCGUCCAAUCUUACCCGACCAUUUGCCGACACCCGCGCUUAGAAAGGAGCUAGACGCGCCUUCAACAUCUUCAUCAACAUCAACUCUCACCUCUACCACAUUAUCAGCAUCAAUAAGAGCGCCUCUUCCCCCAUCGAGAUUUGGGAUAUCUGCAUAUGCGGAUAGGGUUCGUCUCGAAGAUAUUAUUGCCAGUCGCGAUCUCUCGGUUUUCCUUGACUGGCUAUCUGCGCGUCCUAUUAUGGCUUGGACACUCAUCGUUGCCGUAUUAAUUAUUGUCUCUUUUGUCUCGGCUGUCGUUGUCGAGAUCGUCGUUGCGGUGCGGAAGGCCAUCAUUUCGGCACGCACUGAAAGACAACAGUCCACUCAUUCGGAUGUCAAAGCAUUGGGUUUUGGAGAAAUUUACUUAUUCGGCCCUGAGAAAAGACUGGCUGCUGUUGUGGUUAUCGAUGACGCAGAGAAGAGUCCCAUUGUCUACAGGGAAGCACGAGUCUGA